UAAACCCAGCAUGUUGUAAUCUGAGCUCCAAGUGGAGACGACCUAUUUCCGUCGCGUCUUCGUUUGGACACAAAGUCUGAGCCUGACGAACUGACCCUCCUAAAGGACGCAUGCAUGCAUUAUUAAAAGGACAUUAUUAACCUAAUCAUCACGGGUCCCCUCCUCUCGGCAUGGAUCCGCUCGGCAGUAGAGGUGUGUUGGGAGUGAUAGAGGAAUGUUUCAGUGCAGAGGAGCAGGAGGAGGCUGAUGAGGGAAUUACCGUCACAAGAAACCAACUUCAAGAGAAGGUUGUGGAGAUGGAGAACUUCGCAGGCCAUCUGGAAGAAAUCUUCUUAACUGUAGAGGAGAACUUCGGCCGUCAGGAGCAGCACCUGGAGCAGCACUACAACGAGGUUCUCCAGACGCUGUCGCAGCGCUACGACCAGCGGGCGGCUCGGCUCGACCUGGACAAGAAGAGCCGGCUUGAGGUCCUGUAUGGACAGCUGCUGGGAUGCGGCCGCACGAUGGACUCCUCCAAGGAGCUCAUAGAGGCGGCCCAGGGGGUCUACCGCAGCCAGGACAGGCGACUGUUCCUGAAGGCAGUUAUGCCGACCAUUCAGAGAAUCGAGGAGUUUGCCAAAGAGGAGAUGGACCUGACGCUGUCCACGGCCCUAGAGAUCAACACAACCGAGGACGACCUGUCCGAUGUGAAGACUAUGAUGGACUCCAUCAGUGUGGUUCCAGCUCCUUCUGCGCCGGUCAUCAACCCCCAGAUGGCAAACUCUGCGACGCAGACCUCGCUGCGUGUGCGCUGGAACCUGUUCUCAGAUGACACUGUGGAGUUCUACGAGCUCUUCUACAGACCUGUGUUGGAGGACUUGCCCGCGGACAACACGCACGGAACCGACGUUUGCAAGGUGAAGGUGAAGGAGACCCACUGCAGGGUUACAGAUCUGCUUCCCAACGCCCAGUACGAGCUGUGGGUCAUGGCCACCAACACCACGGGUAUCAGCCCUGCCAGCGAGAAGGCUCUUUACAUGACAGUGCCAUCACCUCCAGCCAUCAAGGAAAGGGGGUGCAGCAGCUGCCCAGAAGCUGCCCUGAUUCGCUGGGACUCAGGAAACAACAAUCCUGUGGACUCCUACACUGUGGAGAUCACAGAGAUGGACACACACGGAGCACAGUGUGGUGCUGCUGAAGCGAUAGUAGCCGUGCCCUCCUGCCAGUGUCUGAUCCAGCUGCAGCAGGAUAGACGCUACAUGGUCACAGUCAGAGCCGUUAACAUCGGUGGCCCCAGCGAGAAGAGCCAUCCCCUGGGUGUUUCCACCACAGGUACACUCUUCCAUCUCCUGGAGGACACGGCCCACCCCUGUCUGUCCAUCUCUGAAGACGGCUUCACCAUGUUCUACGGAGACGAGGAGCUGCCAUUGAGCGCUCUGGCUUUUGAUGACAACAACUUUGCCAGAUGUGUUGCAGUGCUGGGUGAUCUGCUUCCAGUGCGAGGCCAGCAUUACUGGGAGGUAGCGGUGGACGAUUACACAGAGUUCCGGGUUGGCGUAGCGUACGAGGACACAAACCGCAACGCUUACCUGGGGGCGACCAACACUUCAUGGUGUAUGAGACACAUCCUCACCCCUACCAGGCAUAAGUACGAGUUCCUUCAUGACGGCUGGAGUCCUGACCUGAGGAUUACCGUGAACCCGAUGCGUAUCGGAGUGGCUCUCGACUACGAUGGCGGGACGCUGUCCUUCUACAACGUGGAGCUUGAACAACACCUCUACACCUUCCACUGCUGCUUCCAGAGCUAUGUGCACCCUUGCUUUGCCCUGGACAACCCAGGAGGUCUGACGGUUCACAACGGCGUUGAGGCGCCGGGAUACACCAGGAACUGAUCAGCAGGCUCAGUCAUAAGAAAGUUCAUUCAAUGUUAAGCAUAGCUAAUUUGAUUAUUACAGACCUUUUUUCUUCCUUUAUUAUUACAGUAUUCCAUGGGAACAGGCAUUUCAUUUUCCAAGAUAUGAAAAAAGUUCUACUGAAUCGUACAAUAUGUAUAGCUCAUCAUCAGCAACUAUUGACUUCUUGGACGACAAUGUUUGUGAAAAUUAAAAAAAAAAUGCGAUCUUCAAAA